UUAUGAUUUUCACGACAACUACAAUAAAUGGGCGCCCUUGCUUCCGUGGUGAACGCGUCCGCACCGUCUCUCUACAUUUCUCUUCUUUCAAUCACGUUCAACUCCACAGCAUGGAACAUGGUUGCGCGGAACUGUACGAAGAAAACUAUAACUCGUGCAUUUAGCAGUCCAUACCAUGGCUGCUACUUCCUCGCCAUCCUCAUUUUCACCUUCGGACUCGUUCGGGACCACCUGUACCAGUGCGCACUGUUGGACCAACCCCACGUGCCCCUCCUCCCCGAGCCCCUCGCAACCCUCGUACCGGUUCUCCUCUUCAUCGUCGGCCAAGUAUUCGUCUUGACUUUAACGUACGCAUUGGAGAUCACAGGGACGUUCUUGGGGGGUUACUUCGGAAUAUUGACGAACGAUCGUGUUGAAGGGUUCCCUUUUAACGUGCUCAGAGAUCCCAUGUAUGUAGGCAGCACGCUGUGCUUUGCUGCUACUGCGCUCUGGUGCUACAAACGUCCUGCUGGAUUGCUGAUCACGCUAUACGUGUACAUUGUAUACCUGAUCGCACUGCGAUAUGAGGGACCCUUUACUGACAUGAUCUACUCAAGCCACUCAGAGGUGAGAAAGGAGGAGUAAUUGAGGAUGAGGACAGU